GGACGUCAAGAUGCCAUUACUAACAGCAACAGAAGAACUGCAGAGGCAAGAAGACGAGCAAAAUGAGGCGUGGCGUUCUUCAGUUCGGCAGAUCUGAGAGAAUGAUUGACGUGAGGAUCUGGCGUAAAAGGAGGCGGGGCGAGCAAUGAUGCAAAUCAUGUUAUGUUGAUGUAACUUACAUACUCGCGGUCUCAGCACACACGAAGCCGCUGCUCCAGGUGAUCGCGAAGUGCUGAGGACAACGUAAGCCAGGUAAAGUGGUCUACCCGAGAUCCAUCUCGUUGAGAUUGUGUGUAUCCAUGCAUGUUUGAAGAGGUUUAGGAUCAGGAUGGAUGUGGAGGAGACUGGAGCAGGUCAGAUGGAGGCAGCGGCCCCAGAGGAAGAGGCACCAGCUCCCAAACGCGGGAGAGGACGACCUCGCAAACAACCACAGGAACCUGUUGAAACCUCUGCUCCCAGGAGGCCGAGAGGAAGGCCGAGAGGCAGUAAAAAUAAAGGCCAGCGGGUCACAGCCAAAGUAGAGCCACCUAGAGAACGGAGACCUCGAGGUAGACCAAGAAAAUGGCCUCAGAAGACCAUUCAUCAGGAAGAACAGCAGCCUCAUCCUGCGGUUCAAGGGACAGAGUCAACAGAGGAGCCCCCCAUUCAGACUCUGCCCGCUGAGCUACCAUCGCAGGAGAGUGACUAAAACUACCUCAGUGUUGACUUUGAUACUACGUCAGGGGUAAAUCUCAAUGCCUCCAUGUACUCUGUAAAGAGUGAAUAUGUGCCAGUGCUCAAAUUGCGCCCAAAAUUGAGGACUCUCUUUGUGCCCUGGGCAAGUUCAGACUACAUUUGUCAAAAGUGACCCUAAAAUCUGUAUACUUCCAUCACAAGUCUUUAUGGUGAACACCUGUCUGCAAGUUACACUGCCAUUUUAAGAACUGAAAAUAAUAUCUUCUCUUUAUUAUGUGGAUUCUUAAUGGAACGGUUUACCCAAAAAAAAAAGUACUCAUCCUCAGGUCUUCC